AUGCCCAUUAUGACACUGACGCUCCCCAAAGGUGAUCCGGGGGUUAAAAAAAACGCCUUUGUGCAUAAACUUUACUCUAUGCUAAGCAAUCCAAAGCUCGCCCACUUGAUUUGGUGGACUGAAACUCCAGAGGCGAACACGUUUGCUCUCUAUCCGUCGAAGGAGUUUGCCGAUGCUCUCAGCGGCUACUUCAAACACGGCAACGUCGCUUCAUUUGUGCGCCAGCUUCAUAUGUACGGAUUUCACAAAGUGCUGGAGCCCCAGAGCUCUGUCCAGAACGUCAAGGAUAGCCCCAUCUGGGAAUUCCGCCAUUCCUCUGGCAAAUUUAAGAAGAACGAUGAGAAGUCCUUGGUAUACAUCAAAAGACGACUGCUGCUGAAUCUGCUGCGGAAUCUGGUGGUAGAAAGCGACCAGAAUAGACCAACGUCCACUCCCCUGCCGGUGGCCUACGAAACCUAUCAGCCACAGCAACCCUAUCCGUCAUCAGUGGCUGUUCCACCUGUCCAGGGUGUUCAAGGCGUUUACGUUCCCGUUCACUAUACUAAUCAUUACAAUUAUAAAGAGCAGAUUCCUGGCCCCAACAACCGAGCCACCACCACCGUCGCUUCUGCCUCGUCACUUUCUGCUUCUGGCCCUCCCUCUUCCGCCGCUACUUCUGCUGGUGCCAAGCUCUCUGGCUCACAUAAUGCUUCGAGAGCUCAUCCCACUCCUCUAACACAUUCACCACACACCAUGCAUUUGCCUCCACUGCAUCAUAUCCACCAUGCCCCCGCUUAUGCUACACCUUAUCACCCACAAGGUAUGAUGCUUCCACCACCUCCUCCAGAUCGAGUUUGUCAGGUUCUGUGGCAGCAAGGAGCUCCGGUUUACGCCCAGUUUUAUCCAGUAUCCUCCACUCUUGAACCUUUAAGAUCACAGGAAGAUUCCCCCCUCAAUUUCCGGAAGCCGUGGGAACUGCUGGUCGAAAGACCUCGGAAUCCGUCAUUGCUUUACGAUCCUUUGGCUCCCGUAUCCAAUGAUACACAAAACUCGGCCUCGGUAACAUCACUGGUUUCAGAGAACAAUUCGCCAAGGCCUGAUGUGAUCAAGCUCCCACCAUUGGGUCGGCCUGCUCUGCCAUCACCAAAGAAUUUGACGAAGCCAUCAGCACCUAAAGCAACUUCGUCCAUUCCUCUUGUGCGGACUCUGCCCCAGUCAUCCUUGCAAAGAGCUCUGGUUCCUCACUUCCCUCUUGCAUCCCUGCAAUGGCAGACGAAGCCUUCCCUGAUACCAAUAAGCAAAUCUGCCUUCGACAAGCUUCGUCCUUCACUCAUUGAACUUCACUUCCCUCAUGGAAACUCAGGCACUGUUUCGGCGCCAGGUUCCAUUUCUGGCAAACCAGCGGGCCCCUCUGACUCCAUUGGUUCCCAUUCUCUGUCAGUAUUCUCUGGCAUGUCAUCUAUUCUGUCUAACUCAUCUGGGCGUUCGUCCUCAUUUGGUUCAGUGUCGCAUAUUAUUGUGUCCGAGAAGAACAAUAGCAUUGGCCCCCAUGAACAGAAUCCAGUUUCCCCUCAAGUACUUUCCAGGGUGUCUACAAUCAAGGAGGAGAGCAAUCUGGUUCCCAAACUUGAAUUGCGCAGUGACUCCGAAACUCCCGCUGAUGGAACAAAGCCGUCAACCCCUCUCCACAAGGCUAAAGUGGAGUACCUCCUUGAAACGCCCGAACCAAAGCAAGAGAGUGAUCUGAAACGGCAGAGAAUUGAAACGCUGCAGUCAUCUUAG